AUGUUUCUGUGUAUAUUUGAUAAUGCAUCUCUUUCGUCCUAUCAAAUGUAAUCGAGUUGUCUCCGGAUUGUGUUGUGUUUUAAAUUUGGUGGUUGAAAAUAACAUUUUUACUGUACCAGAAAACAAAGUGAAAAUGGAGUUCGAUCAAAGACUGAGGAAUAUUGUGAUGCUUGGUUUGGGCUUUAUGGGAGUUUUCACUGCAUUCCAAACUACGGGAUUAAUCCAGAAAACAGUUCUGGACAGUGUAGAGAAGGACACAGGAAUGCAUGUGGAUGGCUACACGCUAUUGGCCAUUGUGUACAUAGUGUUCGCGCUCUCCAAUUGGCUCACGCCUUCCAUAGUGGCCACAAUCGGACCUCGUCUAUCCAUGUUUCUAGGUGGCUUGACUUAUGUAAUGUACAUAAUAGUGUUUCUGCACCCGACUGAAACGCUGCUGUAUGCGUCUGCGUUUGUGAUUGGGAUCGGAGCGGCCAUGAUCUGGACCGGACAGGGCAACUAUCUCACCGUCAACUCAGAUUCAACCACAAUAGGCAGGAAUUCAGGCAUUUUCUGGGCUCUGCUGCAGUGUAGUAUGUUUUUCGGCAACAUUGUGUACUACCAGUUCCGCAACAAGACGCACAUAGAUGAGCCGACCAGGUACACGGUGUUUGUCGCCCUGGGUGCCACCGGGGUUGUGGGCGUCCUGGUGCUUGGGCUACUGCGGCCGCCCGUCAACUCGUCCGGCGAGGAGGUGAGGGAGGAACCCAAGGGGCCCAUGGAUGCACUCAUUGGCGCCUUCGAACUGUUCUUCACCAAGAAGAUGCUCUUUCUGUCGUUCACCAUCAUCUAUACUGGUCUGGAAUUGUCGUUUUUCAGUGGUAUAUACAGUGCGUCACUUGGCUUCACUCUCAAGUUUGGCGAGCAAGCCAAGGAACUAGUUGCCAUCUCAGGCAUCCUCAUCGGAGUGGGAGAAGUUCUUGGCGGAGUGGUGUUCGGCCUGCUAGGCAGCAAAACGGCGUCGAGGGGUCGGUCGCCGAUCAUCCUGAUCGGGUUCCUGGUGCACGUGACCGCAUUCGUGCUGAUCAACAUCAACCUGCCCAACGAUGCUCCGUUCGCCAACACGAACGCAUCCGGCGUGAUCGAGCCAAUCGCCUGGCUGGCUCUGCUCUGCAGUUUCCUGCUCGGCCUCGGUGACAGCUGCUACAACACUCAGGUCAUGGCCAUGCUGGGCGACAUGUACAAGGAUAACAGUGCGCCCGCCUUCGCCAUGUUCAAGUUUAUUCAGUCAACCGCGUGUGGUGUAUGCCUGCUGUACAGCAGCACAAUAGGCCUCUAUGCACAGUUGGCAAUAUUGGACGCUUUUCUCAUCAUGGGAUCCAUCUGCUUCGCUCUGGUCGAGUUCUGGGAAAAACAAAGCAAACGUCAAAUUGAAUGACCAGACACCACACAGGUCCAAGAGUAAUUGCAAUGUCGCCAAAAUUGAAUCACUAAAUUCUGUGAGUUUUUUGACUCUGAGUUUUGGGAAUUUUCUGCAAACAUCUGUCAAGAAAAUCAAUUAAUCUAUUAAUAAAUGAAGCAAUCAUCAAUCAGCAUAGUCGGCUGUUGGAUAGUAGGGAAUAGAGCAUCAUCACAUUGGUUCUAUGUGCUCUCUCUCUCUUUUUUGUAUCAAAAGUAAAAUUUCAUAGACCUUCAUGUUAGGUCAUGUGCCAAUUCACUAGAAAAUUUCAUUAAAAAGUGAAUAUUUUUGCCAACAUUAGUCGACUGUUUAUUGUAAAAGUUGGUAGGUGAUAUGCAGAAAGAAAACAGAAAUUUUUCAAUGUUCAGCUUAGUGUUCAAAUCACUAGAGCUUUUGGAAAAAGAUUCUGUAGAAGUCAAUUAACUUUACAAGACUAAAACCAAUGUAAAAAUACUUCCGAAGAAGUAAUUUGGUUUUUAUGUGGCUUGAUACAAUAACUAAAGUGCGAGAUAAACUACUUUUAACACGGCUUUCUCGAAGACGGAGAGGUCCGAUGCACUAUCCUCCACUAAUCACUCCCACUACCUAGCAGCAUUCUCCUUCUUUUGUGUGUGAGUGAGAGAGCUUUGUAACGCGACGCGGCAACACUCCCCUCCAUCUAUUGCUGGAAAUGUUCCAAGUAGUGUACUGGUCAGCAGGUAUAUUGGUUUGUGUAUGUUACAGAGAUGUUUUCAUCACAAGAACAUGAAGCAAAAUGACACGGCGCAUCCAAUUGUGCGCAGGUUGUCCGUCUGUGUCUAUGCUACAAACUGUGGAGGGAGAAAUGGGUUUCUCCUCUUCAUGUUAAAAGUAAUUUAUCUCGCACUUUAGAACUACCAAUGUCAAUGACGUGUGUAGUUUUUUUAACAAAGCAAAGCCAUUGUUAUUGUAAUAAGAUUUUCAAUGAAACAUGUACCAAAAAAAUAAUUGAGAUGAUAAUUGAGCGAUCGAUUGUUUAAAUUUCAUCAUUUGGUCGAUUGAAGUUUGUAUUUGAUACAAUCAAUAUUGACACUCUCUGCGGUGUUCCACUGAGAGAUAGAAACAUUGAAAUUAGUUCUAGGCCAAUUGAAACGGGCUUCAAUAUUGAUGCAUUAAUUGUUCAAUAUCUUUACAUUUAUAUUAAUUCAGCUGCUAUUGAUCUAUCUAUUAAUUUAUAUUGCAGUUUUAUCAAUCUCAUCUUUCAUUUAAACAGUUGAACCUUUUAUGUGUAAUUUCUUGUUUUUAGCUUUAAUAAUUUUAACAGAACUUGUUUUUAAAACCUCUCCUAGUGCUAAAACAAUUUUUGAAGUGUGACCUUUAACACUUCGAAAAAUGAGAAAACUGUUUGACUGUCUAGUGCAAUACUUUCGAAUCGAGCUUCCAAAAUGCAACAGAAGAAUGGGUCUUUUACAAGACUUUUGUAAGUGUACCGUAAAGGAAGUAGCCUGGAAUAUUCUAACCAUAAAAUGCUGCGCAUUUCAAUACAAGUUUUGUGAUAAAAUUCUAGACUUUUAAUUAAAAAAUUAAUUGAUAUUAUUGAGUGUAUCAUGUUGCCUUAUUUACAUAAUAUACAUCGUUAAUUUACAUUUGUGUUACAUUUGUUAAUCUAAAGUAUUAUUCUAUUACAUAAUACAUAAUUCCAAUGUUAAUCUUAAUCGAUUCUAACCUACUUUACCACAAUAUUUAUUGUUACCAUAUUAAUUCUUUCUAACAUCAUGUUAUAGGACGCAUUUUUUUUUUUUUUUUUUGCUUCUGCUAACACCCACGUAAUGCUGUUAUUUAAAACCCCCAUUGCUUGAGAUUUUCGUACUAGAUACGAGAGAUUAUUUUUUUAAUUCGCGACCAAUAAUAUAUUGAAAAAAUUGUGAAUAUUUACAAGUAAAACAUAUUAUUUAUUCAUCAAUUCUGAAUCAAAACUAUCAUUCCUAUACAGGUUGAAGUUAUUGAUUUAUUACCUCUAAUUUGGUGUCCAGAAUUAGGGAGGAUUGUUCUAUGCCGUUUAUCUAAUCUGUAUAUGAAUUAAUAAUUCAGUUUGUUUUGAGAUGGUAUUUUACUAUAAAAUUUGUUGGUUAGGACCAACAAAAAUAUCGACUAUAUCUAUUUUUAUAAUUUUUUUUUUAGAAUAAGACCAAAAUACUAAACUAAGCAAUAUUGCGAAACAUAUUUCAUUUUCUCUUAAGCCCGGUUGCAUAAAAUCUGGUUAAAUUUAAAUUGUGAUUUGUGAGUACCAAUCAGAGAAGGCUUUUUCGAAAAGAAGGCUUCUCUGAUUGGUUCUCGUGGAAUGAAUCACGAUUAAAAUGUAACCGGCUUUUGUGCAACCGGACAUAAGAGGAAACAUUAUAAGGUAGAAAACAUUUACGUGCUCCAUGAUUUUUUUUGCUAACAAAUGCUACUGAUUCAUAAACUUUUUUCAAUUCUUCAUACGUUUUCAAAGAGCAGCCUUGAUUAAAACAUAUUUGUGACAGCUCACAUUCAGUCUAAUGAUAAUUUUACUAGUGUAACUUCACUUUAUAAAAGACUUGUCAAUUAAUGUGAAACCAUAAUAUACUGGUAUUUUUUUAGUAUGCUAUGCUCAAAAUAGUUAUCACCGAAUACUCUUACAGUGUAUUGAAUUUUGUAAUUUUAUGAUAGUAAAUGUGUGUGCAAUAAGUAAAAGAAUGCAUGGUAUGAUACUUUAGGACUGGAAAUGAAUAUUUUAUUGUUGAAGAAUAACAAACUUUGUAAAAUGUAUGUAUAUUUGUUUAUAUUAUUAGAAUUAAAAAUAGUUUUUAUAAGA